ACGUCCAUAGCGCGUAGCGAGCGAGAGUGCCAUUCGAUGUCAUUCGACGACACGCAUGAAGCACAGAGUCGCCUACUCGCGGCAUGACCCGCAUACGUGCUACUCACUGCUUAGUAUCCCGGCCGAGCUCGAGAGCUUGAUCGGCUCGAGCCACGGACGGGAUCUUUCUGAGAAUAUCUUCGAAAACAGCAGUGUUAACCGCCCGUCGUUGACGAUCAAAGGCAGGCCGGAGGACGAAGCAGUGCUAUGCACACGUUCCGGAGCUACCUAUGCUCUGCGUUCUGUGCAGAACACCAACAGCCUGGGCCUAUGUAAGGCCGUUAGCGAUACAGACAGCCAGGACGUAGCCAUUGCGCUCCUCGGCACGCUCCAUCUCACUCUCGAGCUCCAUCGCAUUCCUGGACGUGUGGACAGGCUACUCGACCUACUCGGCGAUGAUCCAUAUACUGGCGAGGCUGCCGAAGAUAGCGACCAUGAGAACCGGUGCGGACGCAAGAACCGCAAACGAGCACGCUACACGCGAGACCAGAUCGACGACCUCGUACAGGCAAGCGCGUGUGAGAUCGAGGCGGGCCUGCGGGAUCUGCGGUGUAUUGAAAAAGAUGGCUCUGUCAAACGUCUCUCGCCAGACUACCUAACGACUUUCCUCGGCGAUCUGCUUGCUUCCCUUCCACGGGGUGGCGAAGCUACAGCUCCUGUCGAUCUGCUUACUUGUGCCCGCACGGUCUCAGAAGAUUAUGCUCACCCUAUAGACCUUACCCAUCAAGUCCUGCAACUAUAUCAUUCCGGUUCCCAAGGUCUCAACUUUGACCUCAUCGCUGCUGAUAUUGGCAAGUCGAUUCUGCAGGCUCGCGCAACCGGCAAGACACGUGCUGUUGCCGUCGAUGACUUUAUGCAGAUUUGGACUGAGCGCGUGGGAGUGCUGUAUGCGAAGCAUUGUCGGCUAGAGCUACUCGAGGGCUUUUGCUUGAUAGCCAACGAUACUAGCACGCCGACGGUCAGCUACAUGUCCGCAAAGGAUCUACCGCCCGAUCCAAAGGCACGAUUUGCGCUCCUGUUCCAGAUCCGUCCGAGAUGGGUGCCAGAAGAUAUCAGACCAUUUUUGCGCGAUCUCGUCGUCGCAGACAAGGACAUCGAGAAGCUCGUGCUCAGAUUCGUGCGCAAAGUCAAAGACGGCAAGCAGGAUCUAUAUGUGGCACGCAAGUAAACCCAUGCUGACUCACAACAAGUCUUACGAAUGCCCCGAGGGCGGUUCGGCUUUGCCUAACCAUUCUGCUCUACGCUUCUGUAUGCUUACUGGCGGUCGUGCAUGAUUCAAUUCGAGCUCGUGCUGCGCUCGUGCUUCGCGCUCGCGGGCUUUGCGACGCAGCAAUGUCGACAAGUUCUCAUAUACGAGGAAAACUACGCAGGUUCCCGGCAGAAUCCGCACAGCGUUCGUACCGAGUCCCCUGUAGAAUGCUCGCAGACCCUCCUGUCUGUACGUGCGGGCGAUGCAGUCAGGUAUCGAGGAAUAGGCGCCAGAAACCGUCGGCCCUUUGCCGAUGGGUAUGUAGGCAUAUUGCU